AGCCCACCACAACCCGCACACAAAUUAAGAACAAAAAUUAGCUUUACACUUUUAAUUAGGAAUCAUGAAUUAAUUAGGAAACAUAAAUUGACACAAAGUAACACAAAGCCAACUAUACGUACAGCAAACAUAAAACACAGCACAAAAGAUGGCAGUGCUUGGCGCCCAAUUGGUUAUCACGUUGGUGAUGGUUAGCGUCGUGCAGAAGCUAAGUCCUCAUUAUUCCUUUGCCAAAUGGAUACUUUGCCGCACAGGUCUGGUACGCUAUCUGCAUCCUACAGACGAUGAACUACGCACAAAGGCUGGCGUAACAAAGGAGCGUCCCGCCAAGGGCAAACAUAAGCAGCAGCACAACGGUGUUAACGGCACCGGCGGUCCACAACAAUUUCAUGUACCGCGAAGCAUUGAAGUGGAUCUGGAGACGACACGAGUAGUGGAACGUGAUGUCGUGCACCUGCGUUACUUUACUGAGUAUCAAUGGUUGCUGGACUUUAGCGUUUACGCGGGCAUAGUCUAUGUCAUUUCGGAGGUCUUUCACUUUUUCUAUCCGCUCAAGCAGGAGGUUAAUCUAAGCAUGGUGUGGUGCCUGCUUGUCAUAUUCUUUGCACUCAAGCUGCUGUCUUCGCUAACAGUGCUAUACUUUCAAAAUGAGGAAUCAAUAGGCGAGCGCUCUAUGGUAAUUGUCGCCUGCUUUGUUUACUUGCUGAUUGCCAUGAUUGUGCUCAUAAUUGAUGAGCGCAUACUAGAAACAGGUCUGGAGGAUGCGUAUGCCAGCUUUAACGCGAGUGCUUCCAAGUUUCUCACUGAACAGGGCCUGCCUUCAUCGGGUCCCGCCUCCAAAAUUGUUGUCAAGUUCUUUAUAGCACUAAGUUGUGGUCUGCUCGGCUCGCUAUUUACGUUCCCCGGCUUGCGCAUGGCCAAGAUGCACUGGGAUUCACUUAAAUACUGCCGUGGAAAUCGUUUACUCCAAGUGCUGCUGAAUCUCAGCUUUGUGCUGCCAUUUAUUCUAGUCAUAUUAUGGAUACGUCCUAUUAGCCGCGACUAUCUGACUGUGCGUGUAUUCCAGGGAAUGGAACAACCUCUCUUAAAGCCACAUGUUUUUGAGACUUUCCGGCUUUUGCUAGUGGUCUUUGUGGUCGUUAUGCGUUUUGCCCUGAUGCCCAUUUAUUUGCAGUCGUAUCUAAAUCUGGCCUAUGAUAAGAUACUUGAUCUGCGUAAAGAAGCUGGACGCAUUACCAACUUGGAGUUUCAAAAGAAGAUCUCCUCUAUAUUCUACUAUCUUUGUGUUGUGACCUUGCAGUUUGCGGCGCCACUUAUACUGUGCCUCUAUUUAACACUUAUGUACAAAAGUCUUGGAGGUUUUAGCUGGGCGGGCAUUUACAAUGAGAGCGUGGUGCUGCAACAUGAGUGUGCUGACGAUGGACAGGUGGCCGCAGCAGGCGCUGCAGCUUUAGAUUCGGGAGUGGAACGCGAGUUUAAUAUUAUUGAAUCCGCCCAGUCACUACAAGCCUCGUUCGCUAGUCUGAAAAAUGUGUUCUCAACGGAAGUCUACAAGGGCUUUCUGGGCUUUGCCAGCUGGUGGAGCUACUUUACACUGUUUGCCACUUCCUCACUGGGUCUAGUGUACCAGUCCUAUUUCAACAAGACAUAAAUACAUACGAUUAAUGUUCACACCAAAUAUUCGCACUCUACCACCAACACCACUGAUAAAUCAAAAACUUCAUAGCUAUGUAUUUUUACAGAACACGUUGAUAUUGUUUAAAAGAGCUCGAUUGAUU